AUGAAGUACGCGCUUGCAUCUGCAGCAUGCCUGAUCUCCCUUGCGGAGUGUCUGUCUCUGCCUCCACUCAUUCCUUCUAUUCCCGGAGUCACAGAGCCGUUGACUACCAAUGCCCCUCCUCUUCCAAUCUUGCAAGUUCCCACUCCCCCGCUGGAGAGCCCCCCUUUCACUCCGAGUGAUAUCAAGCCCAAGAAGAUUGGUUACUUCUGGACUGGCUCGGGUGACAAGUUCCACAAGGACUUCCUUGCCACCUACAGCUUGGAUGAUGAUACUUUCGGAACCCUUCUGUGGGUUACUGAUGUCCCAUCUAGUGGUAAUGAUCCUCAUCACUUGGGACCUUCUCUUGACGGAAAGACCCUGUUUGGUGGCGGUCUGCUUUCGCUUCUGAAGACACAGGACACCGGGUUCUACUUUGAUACCAGCAACCCUUACCGUCCCAAGUUCCUGAAGAGCAACCGUGCUAUUCUUUCAUCUAUUGCUGAUGAAGUCCGUGCUAAGCCCGAUGGUGGUUUCUUCAUCACCUACAUGGGCUCUGCUGUGGGUACUAGCCCUGGUCGUCUGAUCGAAACCGAUGCCAACUUCGACAUCAUUCACGAGUGGCCUGAGGAUGUAGAGGGUACACUCAACAUUCUCGGAGAGCAGUUCUCUCCUCACGGUCUGAGCAUUGACUGGGAGAACAAGUUCAUUCUUACUUCGGACUUUGUGGAGCCUAUCUCUAUCCUCAAGCCUACCACAGGCGUUCGUCGUGCCAACACUCUUCGUCUCUGGGAUCUGGAUAGCCGCAAGAUCCUCAACACUCUGACGAUUCCUGAUGGCGGUGGUAUCCAAGACGUCAAGUUUAUCCCCAAUCACCCCGAGGCUGCCGCUCUGGCUACUGCUGUCCACCUUGGCCAGGUCUGGGUCAUCUACCCCCUUCGCAAGGACGCAAACGGCAAGCAGGGUGUCGUUGAACUGCUCUACGAUCUUGGCCCCAAGGCCCGUGACACUGUCGCCAUCUACACCGACAUCAGCCAGGAUGGCCGCUUCUUCUACCUGACCCUCACCACCGCCAACCACAUUGCCGCCCUCGACAUCAGCGACCUCAGCGACGUCAAGCGUCUUGACAACCCCGAUGAGGACCAGCCUACCGUGGGCCCUCACUACGUUAAGGUCACUCCGGACCAGAAGCACCUCGUUGUCACCGACUACUUUGUCCAAACCGGCGAGAUCGGUAUUAUCAACACUCCGGCUGACUUCAAGGCGCUGUACAUUGAUAUCAACAAUGAUGGCAGCCUGAGCUUCAAUCGUACUAUCGACUUUAGCAAGGAAUUCGAGAACCGUGGUGGUGCUAAGCCCCACUCCAGUGUGAUCUUUGAUCUGACUGACCCUGAGAACCCCCUGUACUACUAG